AUGUCAAACGAGGCUGAUCUUCUCGUACCGUCCGACAAUGCAUCGUCAUAUAGGCUAUAUCCUCAGCGAUUCUAUGUUCUUGCGGUUUUCUCUCUGCUUGCCUUUAAUCAAUGCCUUAUAUGGAUAACUUUUUCUCCAAUUGCAAGAAGUGUAGAGACUUACUACAAGAUCAAUGAAGCUACCGUUGACCUUCUACUCAACUGGGGUCCGAUUAUUUUCAUCCCUUGUCUACCUCUCACCUAUAUCUUGUUGAACAAGCGCAAUGGACUUCGACGCUGUAUCAUUCUACUAGCAGUCACCGAUUUUAUAGCAACAGCCCUUCGUGUCAUUCCAUCGAUUGUCACCUCUCCGUCAAGUCCUCAUUUUAGUGCUAUUUCUAUGCCAUUCAUGUAUGCUGGUCAAAUUCUCAAUGCUGCAUGUGGUCCCUUGGCCAUGGCGCCUGUUUCACAACUGUCCUGUCUUUGGUUCGGUCCGAAUCAGCGCACUCGUGCUACGACAGUGGGUAUAGUGGCACAUAAACUCGGUGCGGCUAUUGCUUUCUUGAUCAGUCCGGCCAUUGUCACAGCACCCGAAUACAUUCCUCGGCUUCUCUAUGUCCAUCUGUGUCUUGCAUUUGUGGCUUGUGUUCUAACUUUGGUUUAUUUUCCGGCGCAACCACCGACACCUCCAUCACAUGCAGCUGAAUUUCUCAUGCUUCAUCGGACUAGUGAAGAAAGUAACAGUUCAUGGAGAACAUCUAUGAAGAAUGUUUGGCGAUGUAUGACUACACCAUCGUAUGUUCUUCUUUCGACUGCUGGCGGUCUAGUUGGCGGUGCAUUUGGUGCAUGGACAAGUCUGUUCGAUGUUAUUCUCAAGCCAGAGAAUUAUACAGAGCAACAAUCGGGGUGGUUUGGUUUUGGAGCAUUGGUAUCGUGUAUUGUCGGCCUCCUUUGCAUGGGUGCUCUGGCUGAUACUCAUUACUUUCUUCGACGACGCAAAAUACUAGUUGUUCUUUCAUUUAUCGGCGGUUUUAUCGCCAUCUUCUGGUUUGAACUCUCCGUUCACACAGUCUUUUACGAGAAACCCAUUCUACAUUCAACAGCUGUGACAAUUGGUCUAUCUGUUGCUGUUGCGGGUCUUUUUCAAGGUGCAGUUUUACCAUUAAUCUACGAGGCAAUAGCUGAAAUCAUGUUUCCUCUCCCUGAAUCCCUGUCAGCUUCUAUUCUUCUCCAAUGGCUCAAUGUCACCGUGCUCAUUCUUCUAUUUAUUGCUCCAAAUCGAGAGAAACUGAUCAAUCUAUUGGUGUUGAUUGCACUCGGUACCUGUAUCAUCAUGAGUUGUAUAGCUCGAUUUUCAUACACUAGACGUGACGAAGAUGAGAAGAAACAAUAUCAGAAAGAAGAUGAAUCGUUGCUGAACUACGACAGUAUGAAUCCGUGCGGAAAUGAGACUAUCGAUCAGCCUUAG